CAACCACGUUAUACACCGAAGCAGUACAAUCAAAUACUCAAAGGUUUUUUGAACUCAUGGGUACUGUCAAGCUUUCAGUAUUGGACUAUAUGUUCAGACCAUGUCGCCACUCGUAUGGAUAAUUCAUUGCUCGUCACUACCAGGAAGUUUUUAGAACUGAAGAAUUUUGAUGAAAGUGUGAAUCUAAACGACGCAGCAGAAGCUCUUAAUGUUCCAAAACGUCGUCUCUAUGAUAUAACCAACGUACUCGAGGGUAUCGAUUUGGUUGAGAAGAUUGGAAAGAAUAGUAUUAGGUGGAAAACGAAUGACGGUGAUGCUAUGUUACUGAAAAGGCUUCAAUUUGACUGUAACUCUCUUCGUUGUGAAGAGGUCGAGCUCGAUUCGGUGCUUCUUGAUCUCACAUCAGCACUCAAGUUGGUGAAGGAAGACCCCACCUACAAACCGUACGGGUAUCUGCAGCUGCAAGAUCUACAGUCAUUGGACAUAUUUUCGAACCAGACCUUGAUAGCUGUAAAAUCUCUUCAUGAGGCUCAAUCUUUCAUCGAGGUUGCUGACCCAUCAAAGACAGGGAAAUUCCAAAUAAAAGUCAGAGCUGGCAGCCAUUCUCCCUUGAGAGCUUUCUUAUGUCCAUCGAACGCUCAUUCAUAUUCCAAUAUUGAAGCAAUACUGUCAUCAGGUGACCUUGAUCGUGCUGAAUGUUCAUCAUGUGAUAGUAUACCGCUAUGGGCUUCCCAGGUGGAUUCAAGAGUCAUCUUAUCGGAGAGUGAUGAACGGAAGCCACCGAAGAUUAAUGAGGGGAGCGGCGCCACCGAUAUUGUCUUGCCUGAAUGUGACUACCCUCAAGAUUCAUUAUCUGAUCUUUUUACACCUGAUAAGGUUGUGUUCCAAGAAGCCUCUUCAUAUCUCAGUCCACUUAAGACGUUACUUGAACAGCAUGAUCAAUUUCCAAAUAAUAAGGAAACGGAGGUGCCAAUUACGCCUCAUGCGUCAGAUUUGGAUCCAUACAACUUCCCCUCGUCAGGGCUCAACCUUAGCGAUCUAUUCAGCUGUUCUGACUGGGAGCUAACACACUGA